AUGAAGGACUGUUCCAACCGGGGAGUGACAAUAUGGCCGACGAGUGGCGUCACAUCCGCUCAAUGGCCAAUACAUAGCAUCCACAAUCACGAGUCUAUUUACAGUGUUGGAGUAAUAAAUUCAAAGUGAAAGUAAAAAAGUACAUAUGCUUCUGGAAUUUUGAAACAACUGCGCCAUGAAGGUAACAAAUUUGUUUUAAUUUAAGAUGGCAAAUAUCGUGGUUUUAUCACAGGAUUAGAGACCAAUUGUUUUACAUGAACAGGUUUAUUUCUAUGGACGUGUUUUAAGGACGACGUAACGUUGGCAAAAAAAAAGUCCUAGGCGAGGCGGUGGGCUGCGGACUAUACUGAAUCAAGAUAGUUCAAGUAAAGGAGAACAAUCUGGCUUUCUGUAAAAUAUGCUGAGCAACAGUAAACUGCCUUGGACUUUCAUCCGCCGUCAUUUCUGAGAAGGAGCCGAUGGAAAUGUCCUGAUGUCUAUGGGGAGAGUGAAGUAAAUAUGGAGGAGGACAGUGUUGACAGGAGGUUACUGCUGAGUUUCCUCCAGUGCUGUGCUGCCUCUCAGAUCCAGCAGGGGGCACCAUCAUCACCACCAACAGCAGUAUGGCUGCUCAGGUCUCUGCACUACAGACUGGACUUCUCCUGCUCCUCCUCUGUGGACCUGUCAGCUCAGGACCAGGGGGAGGCUCUGUGUCUGACCACUGACCACUGCAUGGCCAUCAACUCUGUUCUGAAGCAGAACCAACACAGCACCCAUCUGGUCCAGAACCAGGUCCAGCUCAUCCUAAGAGACUGUGAGGUGGAGGACAGAGCACUGAGGGAGCUGAUUCCCAGCCUGCAUAUUGUCAAGCUGAGUCCCAGCAAAGCUCUGCUACUUCAGCUGCUGGACCUUGUGUGUGAGGGGAUUGAAGAGGGGCUGCUGAGGCACGCAGAGUCCCUGUGCAGAGCCCUGGAUGGGGAGCUGGACCUCAGUGAGACCAGGCUGGACCAGAAGGCCUGUGGAUCUCUGGCCCUGGUUCUGGAACACUCAGAGGGUCUGUCAGAACUGGACCUCAGCCACUGUCAACUCACGGACCACCAGCUACAGCCCCUGAUCACACACCUGCAUAAAGUACAAGUCCUGGACCUGAGCCACAAUGACAUCACUGAUGCUCUGACUGACAGAAUACUCCAACUGGUCUCUACCAACACUUCAAUACACACCGUACGACUCUUCAACAACAGAAUCCAGGACAGAAGACCCUUCCUGACAGACAAGAGGUUUGAGAUCUGGUGAAACAACAUCAGGUCUUAGUUCAGGAAGAGAAGGCUGAAUCCAGGACAGAAGACCCUUCCUGACAGACAAGAGGUUUGAGAUCUGGUGAAACAACAUCAGGUCUUAGUUCA